CAGGUGAAAAUGUGUAAACAUUUAACAUCUACUGAGUGUCACACAUGUAUGAUAGAUAAAAGCGAUAGUACAUGUUUUAGCGACUGACUCGUCAAAAUGGCAGUAUAUAAACUAACCUACUUUAACAUACGAGCACGCGGGGAAGUGUCAAGACUGCUAUUUGCUGCGGCUGAUCAAGCAUAUGAAGACUGCAGAAUUACCUUUGAAGAAUGGCCUUCAAUUAAACCUACUACACCACUAGGACAAGUCCCGAUUUUAUCAGUAAAUGGGAAGUUGAUUCCUCAAUCAAGAGCUAUCGAGAGGUAUCUCGCCAGAGAAUUUGGUUUAUAUGGGAAGACUAAUAUGGAAAAUACAAUGUGUGAUAUUAUCAUAGAUACUAUUCAUUGUGAUGUUAGACCAGAACUUCGAAAGUACAUUUUUGAAAAGGAUGAAGCUAAAAAGGCAGACAUUAGCAAACAUCUAGCUGAGGAGAUAUUGCACAAAUUUAUGUUAUUUAUCGAGAAGACGUUAAAAGAUAAUGGAGGAGAUUAUCUUGUUGGAAAUGAUUUAACUUGGGCAGAUCUAGCCGUAUUUGACUUCACACAACAUGUUUUAGCCGGUAGAAAUCCACCACCAUAA